CAGCCCGGCAAGCGUUGGUAGCAGAGGCGCCCCCACACUGACCUCCUUCUCGGCGCUCCCACAGCAAAGCCGGUCCUCCCUCAGGUCUGCCUGCCUUCUCUCCUGCUGCUGGCCAAGCCCAUUAAGCUGCUACCUUGGCCACAAUUGAAGGCCCCACGCCCCAGGGAGGAAACCACUGAGGCGGCGUCCCUGCUCCCCAGCACCCCAAACCAUCAAUUAAUAUUAACGAGGAAAGGCUCCUCGAUGCCUCGGGACCCCCACUGACUCUCCAGUGGGGGGGAGGCCCCACCCCUGUGACUCAGGAGGUUAAAGGGCCUGGUGCUGGCCUGUGAGGCCAGUGUCCAGAUGGCAAGCGGCAGCGGGAGGGUCACCAUCCAGCUCGUGGAAGAGGAGGCCGGGGUUGGAGCCGGGGGCCCGCAGCUCUUUCGGGGCCAGAGCUAUGAGGCAAUCCGGGCAGCCUGCCUGGACUCAGGGAUCCUGUUCCGAGACCCUUACUUCCCUGCUGGACCUGAUGCCCUUGGCUACGACCAGCUGGGACCAGACUCGGAGAAGGCCAAAGGCGUGAAAUGGAUGAGGCCCCAUGAGUUCUGUGCAGAGCCAAAGUUCAUCUGUGAAGACAUGAACCGCACAGACGUGUGUCAGGGGAGCCUGGGUAACUGCUGGUUUCUUGCGGCUGCCGCCUCCCUUACUCUGUACCCCCGGCUCCUGCACCGGGUGGUCCCCCCCAGACAGGAUUUCCAGCAUGGCUAUGCAGGCGUCUUCCACUUCCAGCUCUGGCAGUUUGGCCGCUGGGUGGACGUCGUGGUGGAUGACAGACUGCCCGUGCGUGAGGGGAAGCUGAUGUUUGUGCGCUCGGAACAGCGGAACGAGUUCUGGGCCCCACUCCUGGAGAAGGCCUACGCCAAGCUCCACGGCUCCUACGAGGUGAUGCGGGGCGGCCACAUGAAUGAGGCUUUUGUGGACUUCACAGGUGGCGUGGGUGAGGUGCUCUAUCUGAGACAAAACAGCAUGGGUCUCUUCUCUGCCCUGCGCCACGCCCUGGCCAAGGAGUCCCUCGUGGGCGCCACUGCCCUGAGUGAUCGGGGUGAGUACCGCACAGAGGAAGGCCUGGUGAAGGGACACGCGUAUUCUGUCACGGGCACACACAAGGUGUUCCUGGGCUUCACCAAGGUGCGGCUGCUACGGCUGCGGAACCCAUGGGGUCGCGUGGAGUGGACUGGGGCAUGGAGCGACAGCUGCCCACGCUGGGACACACUCCCCACCGAGUGGCGCGAUGCCCUGCUGGUGAAAAAGGAGGAUGGCGAGUUCUGGAUGGAGCUGCGGGACUUCCUCCUCCACUUCGACACCGUGCAGAUCUGCUCGCUGAGCCCGGAGGUGCUGGGCCCUAGCCCGGCGGGGGGCGGCUGGCACGUCCACACCUUCCAAGGUCGCUGGGUGCGCGGCUUCAACUCCGGAGGGAGCCAGCCUAAUUCUGAAACCUUCUGGACCAAUCCUCAGUUCCGUUUAACGCUGCUGGAACCCGACGAGGAGGAGGACGAGGAUGAGGAAGGGCCCUGGGGGGGCUGGGGGGCUGCAGGGGCGCGGGGCCCAGCGCGGGGGUGCCGCACGCCCAAGUGCACAGUCCUCCUAUCGCUCAUCCAGCGCAACCGGCGGCGCCUGAGAGCCAAGGGCCUCACUUACCUCACCGUGGGCUUCCACGUGUUCCAGAUUACAGAGGAGCUGCUGGGCCUCUGGGACUCCCCGCGCAGCCGCGCGCUCCUGCCCCGGCUGUUGCGCGCCGACCGCUCGCCCCUCUGCGCCCGCCGCGACGUGAGCCGCCGCUGCCGCCUGCGCCCCGGACACUACCUGGUGGUGCCAAGUGCCGCCCACCCCGGCGACGAGGCCGACUUCACUCUGCGUGUGUUUUCUGAGCGCCGCCAUACGGCAGUGGAGAUUGACGACGUGAUCAGCGCAGACCUGCAGGCUCUCCAGGGCCCCUACCUGCCUCUGGAGCUGGGGCUGGAGCAACUGUUUCAGGAGCUGGCUGGAGAGGAGGAGGAACUCCGUGCCCCUCAGCUCCAGGCCUUACUAAGCAUUGCCCUGGAGCCUGCCAGGGCUAACACCCGAACCCCUGGAGAGAUCGGGCUCAGGACCUGUGAGCAGCUGCUGCAGUGUUUCGGGCAUGGGCGAAGUCUGACCUUGCACCACUUCCAUCGGCUCUGGGGCCACCUCCUGGAGUGGCAGGCCAUAUUCAACAAGUUCGAUGAGGACGCCUCUGGAACCAUGAAUUCCUACGAGCUGAGGCUGGCCCUGAAUGCAGCAGGCUUCCACCUGAACAACCAGCUGACCCAGGCCCUCACCAGCCGCUACCGGGACAGCCGUCUGCGUGUGGACUUCGAGCACUUCGUGUCCUGUGUGGCCCAGCUCACCUGCAUCUUCUGCCACUGCAGCCAGCACCUCGAUGGGGGUGAGGGGGUCAUCUGCCUGACCCACAGACAGUGGAUGGAGGUGGCCACCUUCUCCUAGGAUCUCAGGACGGGAGAACUGACCAAGACCACCGCCCCUGGCACAGGUGUGCUGCUCUGUCUGGCAUCCACCUGCCUGGCGCUGGCCUUGGGCCCGUGUCCUCCACUCAGAAACAAGGACAGCAGAUGACACAAGCUGGUCCACAUUAAUGGCUUAGGACAGUGCUAAUUCUGCCCUGGCUCUCCUAGGAAGUGGAGAACAGAUGCAGCAGAGGGGGGGAAAAAAAGGGACACUGCAGGAAUCCUUCUGAAAAAUAUUACAUGUUUUAUUAUCCUGUCCCCAGAGGGUGGUUUAUCCAGAAACCGAGG